UCAUCAUAGUAGUCCCAUUGAGCUUGCUUAAAUAUAUUUACGAAUUACACAUCUUAUUUAAUAUCGACUGAUAGUUCAUACGCAGAAUGUCUAUGCGAUUUGACUGGUAUCAAUCGGAGACCAAAGUGGUCAUAACAGUCCUCCUCAAGGGCGCCAUAGAGAAGAAUUACGCCGUCAAGAUUGAGGCACAAAAAGUACAUAUGACCGCAGAUGGUCAUGAGCUGCUGCUCCAUCUGCUCCAUCCAAUUGUUGUGGAGCGCUCCUCACACAAAGCCUAUGCAACAAAAGUUGAAAUAACAUUGGCCAAAGAGACGGGCGUGCGCUGGGAGAACCUCGAACAAAAAGCUGAACCCGUCCAAGUACUGUCCACUCGUCAGGCUAAGAACUGGGAUCGUUUGGUCAGCGAAGAGGAAAAAAUUGACGAAAAGGAGGCAAAGGGCGAGGCCGCCUUGAACCAGCUAUUCAAAAAGAUCUACAGCUCAUCCUCCCCGGAAGUGCAGAAGGCCAUGAACAAAUCUUUCUCAGAAUCUGGUGGGACUGUUCUAAGCACCAACUGGAACGAGGUGUGCAAGGAGAAGGUCACUGUCAAGCCGCCCGAAGGUACCGAAUUCCGCGAAUGGGAGAAAUAAACGAUAUGCAAGCAACAGCAAUUCAUUACUAUUAAGAAGCUUACAUAUAAAUAAAACACAUACAAGAAAA